ACCUCAGGCUGUUCAUGAUUUUAUGCGAUGUGCAGCAAGAAAUGAUCUGAUCAAGGUGGCCGUCAUCCUGCAGGAUGGCUUUUCCUGCUGUUACAGAAUUAAAGCAACUGCUCCCACCUCAUUUGAAGGCCUUUUUGGGAAGAUAAGCUAUCGUGUCAAAGCUACAAUAGAAACUGCACGAUUCUCAAAAGACUAUAAAACCGAAAAGGUGUUUUACAUUCUUAAUCUGCUGAACCUGAAUGAUAUCAGUGAUAUUGAGCAACCAAAUGUGAUAUCUGUGACCAAGAAGUUUAGCUACCUGAUUGUCAAAAGUGGAGUCGUGGCUUUAACUGUGAGCACUAAUCUUAAAGGAUACAUUUCAGGGCAGAUCAUACAGCUUACUACAGCCAUCCAAAACAAGUCUGGGAAGGAUAUGGGUACUGUUGUCGCCAGUCUCAUUCAGAAAGUUACCUAUAAAUCCAAGCGGUUAAUCUAUGACUUGCGGACAAUUGCAGAAGUUGAAGGGUCCGGGGUAAAAUCGUGGAAACAUGCUGAAUGGAAGGAGCAGAUCAUCGUACCAGCCUUGCCUCAGUCAUCUCUACAUGGUUGCAACUUAAUACAAAUAGAUUAUUUUAUUCAGGUUUCUAUCCGAUCGCCAGAGGUUUUGGUCAGCUUACCGAUCUAUAUUGGGAAUAUUGCUGUGAAUAGUCCACCGCUGACACCAUCCAGGCAAUCACAACUUGCUCAACCCACAGUGAUCCCCACAGCUCCUCCAGCUGAAGAUAUUGGGGCUACUGGUUAUCAGCCCAUGGACAGUAUAAUUCUUCCAACCAAAAGCCACUCUCAGCAGCAGACAUUAUCACCUCAUACCUAUAGCCAAGCAUCUGGCUUUGAAAGCAAUACUUGUGAGCAGCUUCCUGGUCCCAUGCUUUGUAUUUCAACUGGUGCUACAGUCCCUUACUAUGCAGAUGGACCUGUUGUUGCAGAUCUUAGUGAAAAUCCUCUGAUUUUACCUCCUGAAUAUAGUUCAUGGGGCUAUCCAUAUGAUCCUCCCCCAACAUAUGAAGAGAGUUGCAGCAGUGCUAACUCUAGCAUGAGCACAGGACAGUAAUAUGCUGCAGACUAUCAAGAGUUAGUACUGUUCAUGUACUGAAAUGCCUUUUAGUUAUGUUUUACUGGAAAACAAAAACUUUACACAUACAGCCUGAAAAUGUGUUCUGAUGUUGAAGAAGCUGAAAAUUCAUUAUCAAAAUGCAUUAUCAAGGACCACAGAUACUUCUACAGCUUGGAAUGCUCUGCACAAACUACCUAUUUACUAUGCCCAUACUGGACUGUAUUAAUCUGUGUUCUCUUUUCUUAUUGAUCCUUGCUUUUGGGACACUGAGUACCGAAGGAUAUAGAUAUCAAUGUUAAAUGCUUCCAGCUGUGUAUAUAAAUAAUAAAUGCAUAUUUACUCUUGUUAAACAGCUCCACCUUAUAACUGUGAAUUGUGAAAGACUUUCUGAAAUCAGUCUAGUUUCUGUGGAGCAAGCUGGAAGCUUUAAGGUACUUCUGAGCCUUAAGAACCAAGGUGCAAUGAUAAUACUCCUUAAUGGUUGUUCAAGUAGAAAAAGAGGUUCCAUUACAAGUGGUCUUUCUGUAGUGGAAUAUCAGACUCAAUUGUAAUCAAGCUUGAGCCUACUUCAGUACAUUUUGUACUUAUUUGUGUAUUGGUUACAUAGAUCACAGGCUUGAUGGCCAAGUUUGAGUAUGCUGACCUUUUUAAAGAACUGAUACUAACCAGAACAGUUUAGCAAUCCUUUCACUUUGAAGUGUUGAGUUGCACACCUUUCUUAUUUGUUUCAUGAGAGAGUUGUCUAUAUAUACAGUAUUUAUUAUGUUAGUAUGUUUUGGAAAAUUGUGGCAUGCUCUUUAAGCUAGCACAUGAAAAUGACCAGUUCGAAAUCCUGUAUGAUUAUUUCACAAUUACAACUUGAGCCUUAUUAAAAUCAAGUCAAAGCCAACCACUCACUAAAAUUACUUAACAUAAUGCAAUUUUCUACUACUGUAUUUGAUAACAUUCAGGAUUAAAGCUUUAUGUGCAGAGUUUAAAGAGGUGCUGAAUGACUUUGUUUAACCUCCAUAAGCACAGGUUUAGUAUGGGAGGAUAUUUGAAUGACACAGGUUGGAUUUUACAGUGAAAGUAGAUGGUUUCUCUGGAACUACAGUGGUCUAAAUAUUGAAAAAAAGUACAUAAGGCUGAGAAUCCUAGCAACAAAUGCUUCAUGUUAAUGUAUGAAGUCUGGUUUUGCAUAAACCCUAAAUGGAUGCAAUUCCUAUCAAAAUUCUUGAUGAGCCUACAUGCUGCAAUGCUGCCAGAAGUACUGGCUGCAGGCUGCUUCCCUUGCUAUGAACAAGAACUUCCACCUGUACUCGGGAUAACUUGUUUACAAAAGCAUUUUGGCUUAUGAGGGAGUGAAUGUGGAGUAGGCACAGGAGGAAACUUGACUGUUAAGCCUUUUAGAAGUUCCCAACACACCCUUGUUUUGCAGGAAGAGUGGAUGGAAGUAGGGUGAUGAACUGAAUCUGAAAAGUUUAUUUGUCCACCACCAUGUUGCCCUUUUAGCUUAAUUCAAGUUAAACAGCAUACUAGGUUCUUAAAAAAGGCAAAAUUCAUCAACACUGCUUUUUAUUGAUGUCCAAAUGACACUUGAUGCUAGGGUUCAAGCUAGCUGAUAUACUGCUGCUACUGGUGUGGAAUUUUAAUUUUAUUAUGGGAACAGGUUUAUUCAUUGAAGUAUAUUUUCAUUUCAAAAGAUAGUGAGGCUGGAACAAAACUUCAGCUUAAAUUAAUUUGCUUAUAUUUUGUAUGGACAGUAUAGGAAUAAAGGGAAUCAUGAGAGUUUUCUGUUACUUGCUGUGCCGCCCAUAAGUUCCAACCCCCUCGACCAUGUUAUUUCAAAUAUUUUGUCCUAUUGUAUGUAUGUAUAAGUUAAAAUUUAUAAAGAAAAAUUGUCUAACACAGUGCGCAAGCUGACUAAAGACCAUUGUUCCAAGGGUUGCUUGGAAAUUUGCACAGCAUUUUGAAUUGUAUGGAAAUUACUGAAACCUGUUGAACAAAUUUCACCCACUGAUUCUGCAUCCCCAGAGUGAUUACAUAUAUAGUGAAAGCCUUCAGUAUACUGGCAAACAACGGUUUCAACAUUUAGUGAAGUCCUUUCAAGUUUUAAAAAUCAGUUUUUUAAAAUAUUACUUCAAGAUUUGGACAGUAUUUCACAAAAUGCAUCUGACUGCUAAUUUGUGAAUUAUUAAGCACAUCUUGUAUAUUGCACUAAUGUGAGCAUCACAGCCUGAUUUAGAACAGCAGACAUAACUUCGGGCAUUAUUCAAACAAAUAUGUAGUGUUUCAGUACACUGUGUCAUGGAGUAACUGGAUAUAAGUUUGUGUUCUGCAUUUGAGUUCUCAAGUGGUUUAGAGCAAUAGCUCGCUAGCUUGUGUCCCACAAGAAAGGAAAAAUAUUGGCUGUGGAUUAUGCAACAGAGUCUUGCGUACUUUCUACCAUCGAGAUAUCCAGCAGCAGUGGCUGAUGCUUGAAUGAAUGUCAGCUUGGCUGAACCUGAUCAGGGAUAGUGCACACGGUGAGAGACCUGUGAGGAUUGUUUCUCCUCUAUUGGUACGAAUCUAAUGAACUAAUGUCAUUGGCCACUUAACGGAUGCAGUUGUUGUGUUUUCUUUUUAUUUUUGUGAUAGAGCAAUAGUUGACUGGUGGUAACUUUUAUGCUCAGCUGAUCUAAUAGAAUUGCAAAACAGUAGGUUUAGUGUUUUUAAUGCAUAUUUUGUUAGAAAAACUCAGGGCUUGAAUAUCUUAAUGUAAACUAUAGAAAAAUGAAAUAUGCAGAAUUCCACUUGCUCUGCUCUUAACUAGCUGUAGGAACAAAAUGGUUUUGUGCUUGCUAUGAUGAAUAAACUGUCUAGGCAUAAGUUUGAGAAGGCUCGAGGAAAAAUAAAUGAGUCACAUUACUAAAUAUAGCUAACUUAGAGUGAAGGCUUUGUCAUUUUAAAUUGAAAUACAUUUAUCUCUGAAGACCAAAGUUGUUUAAAUAUGUUAGUGCUUAGACUUUUCCUAAUGUAACAUCAAUCUAGCCAUUAUUGAACCUUGAAAAUGUGAACUAAUCUGCAGUACCAUGUUUUCUGAAAUAUCUUCAAAGUAAUGAAGUAUGCUCAACUGGAUUUAAAAAUAUUGUCCAGAAUACAUUGCAGCAAAGAGUGAGAGAAGUUGAGAUGAUUCUGCAGUAUGAAAGAAUAGAUUCUUUUCAGGGUCAGAAUAAGACCUUAGCAAGGCAGGGGCAUUCUCACAACUGGAUAAAGGCUUAUCAUUCUCUUCCAUCCAUUGAAAUAAAACAAUUCUGUGUGCCCAUUUGCAAUUGGGCGUUCCGUCCUGGAAAGCUAUUGUGCUCUGGUUCUGAAGUGGAAAAUCUGUCUUUAACUGUAUAAAUGCUGUUUUCCCCUUUUGGAUUGAUCUUCAACGACAGGAUGGUGUGUGCAUUCAUUCCAUUGUCUUCAGCUUGCCAGCUCCCUCAAUAUCUUAAAUUGGAAAUAAUAUCCUACAUGAAGGAUGGGAAUGAAGUAACUCUGAGGAUGAUGAAUUUCAAAGUUAGAAAGUCUGAGACUCGUUGUUUGCACAUAGAGCUUCGUGGUGCUAAAGAAUUGUUGAAAUUUGUACCAGCCAUUUAAAAAGGAGAAGGUUGAAUUCUGUAACUCCAAACUGUUUUACUGCAGUCCAGUAUCUAAGAAUAUUGUUUAAAGUUGUAACCUGUUACUGAUAUCGUGUGCCUUUUUGUAGAAUUUGGGAUGCUAAAAGUUAAUAUUUCAUUUUAACAGGAGCAUUCCCCUCAUGCUUAUGCUGCCUCAUUAAGAACUACAAAUUAAUAAGGAUUGUCAUGUACAACUUGUCCAAAUAUCCUUAUCUUAUUCUGUAUUUUUGACAUUGUUAAAACUAGAGAAUUUCUGCUUUGCCCAGUAUCUUCACUCCUGUUAGGAUAUUAACUUUGAGAGCCCUCAAUCACGAAUUUUAAACUUGUUUAAUUAGGUGUUAUUAAUUAUUGUCUUAUGCACUGGAGGAAGUUUUCUUGCCUUACCAAUAUAAUGUAGUCUGAUUCUACUUACAAAUUUCUUAAAUCAUGCAAUUGUUUUACUUCACUAUUCCAUUUAAAGCAAAUAUGGUGAUUAACUAAGCCUAUGAUAUGUUCCUGGCUGAAAUAAACAAGCAUUUGCCUUUUCCAAAGUUAGGGUUAGUACUGAAUCUAGGUUUUGAAAUAGUUGCUCUUGGAAAAGUGCACUUCCUUGAAAAUAGAAAGAAAAUGUUAUGCCAAAAAUGUUCGUGCCUCCAUCGACAGCGCCGGUAUUUUGAUUGGCAAUUAUCCUGAUAAACAAUCCUCUAAGACACAAAAUUGCUUCUCAGUAUUGGUGUGAAUCAGUAAAGUACCAAAAAUUAUAUUUUUAAAACUGUUUAAUGUGCUCUGGUUUGUAUAGAAUUACAUUGCCUAUGUUUUUCUGUGCUUUGUGAUUAGUUCUUUUUAAGGUACUUAUGUUGAGGAUUUCGGAUUUUUAAUACCAAAUUUCUUCUUAAAAGGCAUCUUGAUUACUUCAUUUAAUCUUGAUAUACAAGUGCUUUUUCAAUACUUGUCUUUUAAAGUAAAAGUACUGUCUAUGUAGACUUUGCGCAAGCAAAGUGUAGAGAUCUGAACUGAAUUGUUACUUGCAUUUUUCAGUUUGCUGCUAAAGCGUUUUUACAUCAGUUACCCCAAUUAAUUUUAUUGGAUUUUUCUCCACUUCCUUUCUCUAUCUUACGAUAACCAAGAAUUUUAUUUUUUAGAAUUCAUGAAUCAUUGUGUAUUAAGAGGUGGGCCAGCAACUGGAGGGACUUGAUUUGUUUGGAAAAUGUGAUAAUUCCCUCAGUACUUAAGUACUUAAUACUAUUUGUUUUGAAAACAAAUAUUGAGAAUUAACCUUUCCAACUAUGUGGAUUUCAAAUGUUCAGUUGCAUUAAAUGUGUAUAACAGUCAUGCUGCAUUUAGACAGACAAUGGUUUUAAACAAUACAGAUGCAGAUUAUUGGUUUGUAGCUUUGACUACUUUCACAUUUUUCAUGUAGAAGUUGCUUUUCCUUCUGAAUAUUUCAUAGAAUGUAUUCAAGUUAUUUUCCCCAAUAUUUUUGUUAUAAACUUUGAUUUAUUGCACCUUAUUGUUUCAGAUUUUAAUGUAAUUAUUUGAAAAUGUAAAUCGAGUAGUCAAGCACCAUAUUAAUAAAAUUUUCUUUCAAAGAAA